AUGUCGGUUACCUAUGACCUCUCAUCAAUGGGAAUGAUGACAGAGUACUAUCACUUUUUCUUUACAACACUGGAUUUGUUUGCUCUGGAUCUGGAGCCUUACCGCUACAGUGGGGUCAACAUGACAGGUUUCAGGCUGCUGAACUUUGAUGACCCCUGGGUUGCAUCCACCAUCGAUAAGUGGUCCAUGGACAGAGUGCAGGGUCCCAAACAAGAGAGUGGUCUGUUGGACGGAGUCAUGACUACAGAUGCAGCCUUGAUGUAUGAUGCGGUGUACAUGGUUGCAGUAGCAUCCCAGAGAGCCACUCAGAUGACGGUCAGCUCGCUGCAGUGUCACCGCCACAAACCGUGGCGCUUCGGCCCUCGCUUCAUGAACUUAUUCAAAGAGGCCCAGUGGGACGGACUGACGGGGCACAUUGUUCUAAACAAGACAGACGGCCUGAGGAGAGUCUUUGAUUUGGACAUCAUCAGCCUUCAAGAGGACGGCUCUGCCAGGUUUAUUACGGAGAGCACAAGCCGCCUCACGAAAAGGUGGAUCAAG